AUGGCAAGCCACCCUCCUUCUCCGGCGCCUACGCCACAACCUAGCGAACGAGCUAGCAUAUCUGCCGAGAUUAAUAUCGCCACGAGGAAGCAGCAUACCGAGCUCAACCGUCUGAUAAUUGAGCGCUUGCCUCUCGCGCUUCCGCCGCAUUCUUCUAAUCCAGCGCUUCUUGGCCAAGGGUUGGCGGCUUUCGCGAAGAUCUUCUUCGUGUUUGAGGCAGUAUGGGCUAGUCUGGAUGAUGGCAAGACAGCGCAAGAUGGAGGGAAGGCCGGCGAUACACGGAAGACUGAGCUCUUAUCAAGGCUCAAGUGUCUGCGACCUGAGGUCAUGGAGCGGUCGCAGAGGCUGGCCACUGAUCUGAGGCACAUCGAGAGGAUCACUGGCCAGGAUUGGAGCCAUCAUACUUCAGCUGAAUUGCCGGUUGGACAGGGACUUAUCGCCAAGCCGCAUUUGCUUCUUGCGUAUGCUUGGGUUAUGUACAUGGCUAUCUUUUCUGGCGGACGUUGGAUACGGCAGCAGCUGCAAAGCGCUGGGCCUGUAUUCUGGGCUGCACCGGUCGGUAUCACCGUGGACGACAGCAAGAAGAGCGCCGGAGUCAUGCCUGGCUUUUCUUUCUUGUGCUUUGAAGGCGAACAGGAUGGUGAAGACAUCAAGCGGGACUUCAAGCCCAGGCUUGCCGAGACUGAAGCCCUUCUAAAUUAUGAAGAGCGGCAGGAGGUCAUCCAUGAAGCACGACGCCUGUUCGAGCACUGCGUUGCAUUGGUCCAUCAGCUAGACGACCUGGUCUUGAAGCAAAGGCUGGUUCGCGUGGCAGGUGUCGCUGCGUUGCUUGGUCUCCUUCUUGUUGCUUUGGUAUGGCUUUACUGGUACGACCAAUAUGGAUACUUGUCGACAUGA